AUGACAAUGACGCCAAUAAUCAAGGAUCAUGAUUCAGAGGGUGGUGACAUGGACUUAUCAUCUCUGUCAUCCUCCGAAUCCUUCGAUCCACAGCCUUUUCAAGGGUUGGACUCGAAGCCAAAAACUAGUUCCGGACCAAAAAUUGUUCGAAAUGAUACAAUAGCUUCCAAGGACUUACUUUCUGCCAAGAGCAGUGGCACAUUAAGGGAGGAUGACCCGAAUAUUAUAGAAAAGGUAGUAUCCCGUAAUGCCAUCAAUGACAAAACAGAAACUGCUAAAUCACUUGAGGAGAAGGGUCUAAAUCUAAAACGUAAAGCGAUACCAGAUUAUAACAAUCCAGCAAUGAAUGAUCCAGGUGCCCAAUUUCCAGAGGAAUACCAAAUGGAAACAGAUACAGGUUUGGUAAAAGUAAAAACGUUACGUGAGUUGAAUAGAUUAGAUAGUCGACACUCGAUAGGCAGCGAUGCCACUCGUAAGAAGUCUGUGAAGUCCGAAACAGAACCCCCACAAGAACAUCAUGACAGUGGCUACGAUUCUGAGAAGCUAAAAAAGGCUAUUGAGAAGAAUAAGAAGGAGAUAGAAAACUACCACAAGCACAAGACUUACGUGGGGUUUAUGAGUUUUUUAGAUAAACUAUUUAAAUAA